UUCGCCGCCGCGUGUGUCGGGCGGAACUUGUGGCAGCUUGAGUGAAGUGAGUGCGUGUUGUGUGUGGGUCGCCGUCAACGCAGCACUGAUGAGCUGACGUCGGCGUCAUAGUGGCCAGUGACGGAAACUCCGGGAAUAAGUUUGCGCCGACUCCUGCUUCUGAGACUGCUGCUUCCGCAAAAGGGACAAGGCUCGUGUCGAGUUUCCCGCUGCCGCCGAUGGCUCUGACCGCGCUACGACAAAAUGGCGUGGAUAACGCACCGAGAACCUGGAGCGACGCAUGGACGGCGCCGGCAGGGAUAGCGGAGGGGCAGCGCCACUGACGCACACGUCGACGUCGCCUCCAGCUGCGACACGGCAUCCCGGACCGUCGACUGACGUCACACGCCACGACGAACCUACCGAGAAGGCAGCCAGCGCCGACGACGUUUCGACCCCCGAGUCGAGGAACUGUGACGAACCAGAGAAAAACCCAACAGGACGUAAAGGUGGGGUCGGUGGAGAAGCUCGAGACGUUUCGCUGCCCGAAGUCGGUCAACCUCAGGCAGACGUUACAGACGGCGGUGUGUCUACAGUCCCGCCGUUCGGCUACUACCUCCGCAGGAAGACUGCGUUCGUCAACGUCGAGAGGAUCAAGAGAUUCCUCGCCAGCUCUUUGGAGUCGUCGGAGGAGGAGGGGGAAAGUGUCGGUGUUGGUGCUUCGUCCGAGCAAAAAAAAGGUGCAAAUUCAGACGGUGGUGCUCGUGAAGAGGUUGGUGCUGCCGGAGUGAGUUUUAGUGGUGAUCAGCAAACAGAAGCUGGCUCCCAGAGUGGGUUGCCGACACAAGACCCAACUGACAGAAAUUCGGGCACAUUUGGAGAAAACAGAGAUUUAAGAUGUGAUAUAGUUACUGUUACUGAAUCGUACAAAAACUCUGGAUCAGUUAAUGGUCGUGAUUCCCAGCUUAUUGAAACUGGGACUCAGAGUGAAAAGCUCGUAGGUGAACCGAUAAGAGUAGUCGUCACUGAACGGAGCUUCCAAGAAACUUCGUGUGUAGAGAAGGAGGCUAGCCGUGAAAAGGUUGAUGCAAUUGAGAGCUGCAACAGUCCCAAAGAACAUCAAUCUCGCAUUGGGGACUCUGCUGAAACUACAUCUCCUGUCAGUGCUACAGCUGAGAGAGGAGAAGAACUGAAAUCUAGAAAUAGCAGUACAGCUAGUAUUGGAAGUGAAAAGGAGCCUGUGUUCCCACCUGCUGGACAAGAAGAUACACCGAAAGGAGGUCAGGUCCAGCAGCAGCAAGCCCAUAGAGGGUCUACCUCCUCGCCAGAAAACAGUCCAGAAUCAUCCACACCUGCUACUGGCGCUCUGGUUUCGGCCUUGAAGAAUGGCAAGAAGAAGCUGGUGAAGAGGGUGUCAUUUGCUGACGAAGGAUCAGACCGGAAAUCCCUGGUCGAAGAGUUUAAACUCAGGGAGGAAGAACCAGUGAAGCAGCAAGAAAAGAGAGAAAAGCCCUCGCCUCCACCACGGACAGUACCGGCUCCUGCACCGCGUACCGAGAAGUCGACCCCGGAAACCGCUACCGGUAGGCCACAGCGUCUAGUGCUCCAGAAGACUGAAGGCGGAGUUGCUAGGCUGGUGAGAGUAACUUGGCUCGACAGUUCCAGCCGAGGAGAGGCGAAGAAGAGGGAGGAAGAACCGGAGCUCCAGGCGUCCAACCCACAAGAGAGAUCAGUGUCCCAAGAGGGUCGAGGUCUGUCCAGUCUCGAAGACAGUCGGCAGGCGGGGACAGUGGACGGUGAGGUCGCUGCGAAGCUUCCGACAUCUCCGGCGAGGAUCUUCGUAUUUCCAGACCGGUACGCUUCGAGUUGUCCCCAGGAUCCUGGUCCUUCCGGAGGUAUCUGGAGGCAGGACAGCACACCCACCAGCGACGACGUCUUCUUGUCGCCAACCGAGGAGGCUGCAUUUGCCUCCAGUGGCAGACCGUUCAGUAGCUUUGUCAGUUCUGCCCUCACUGACAGGCCAGCAGAACCCGAACCGGUGGAUGUCUUGUCUGCGGGAGACAGCGUAGUGUCCAUUUCUGACUCGAGCCGGGCCAGCGACUCUAGAGAAAGCCUCGACACAGGUAGUGCUUCUGGGUACCCCUCCAGCAGUGAUAGUGCUUUUGUUGAUCUCGCGCCAGCAGAAGAUCCAGAGGACGAGGAAGAGGAUAGUGAGGCUGAUGAUCAACAGUGGCAACAAGACAGCAGUUCUGGGAGCAGUGAAGACGAAUUUGAUGAGAACAGUGGGUGCCCCGGGGAGCCGGUGACACAGGUUGAUCCGAAUUAUCGGGUUCCAGCAGUAAGUGGAGACCCCGAACCUGAUGGACUACCGGAAAGAGAAUUUUGGACUGAAGCAAGUGUUGUCGAAGACAGAUCUCUGAAGCAGGAUAGUGUGGUUGGAUCUGAGCAGAGAUACAGUCCCGUGGAGAAUGGUGGCUUGACUAGUGGAGAUUUGGCUACUGGUGCUACUCCCUUGUCAGUUAAGGAAGUACUUCUCUCAGGAGUAGUCAAGAGCGAAACUGGAGCAGCUGCCUCUUACCUCACUGAAGUAGAGCAGGUCGGUUACAGUGGCUUCCCUUUAGACGGGAAGGCAGUUGACUGUGUUUCGACUCAAGAGAAGUGCAUCACACUAAACUACGUGAACUUGGAGGCGGAGAAAGGUCGCGAAGUGAGUGUCGGGGACCAGAGUUUAGGUCGAGGAAAGGCCGGCUUAGAGGGGCACGACAGUUCGCAGCUCCCGCCCACACCACCACCCAGCCCAGUAGAGGGCGAGGAGUGGGAGGGCGACCCUCCAAGGGCAGGCCCUUCGAGGGCGUACCCUCUGCAGGAGGAGCAGAGGGUUCUAGAUACGCAGUGCCUUAGAGAGGCAUCCACAACGGGGUCCAAAGGCUCCAAAGAACAGUCUGCCGGAAUCUUGCCAAUACCGGAGGAAGGAGGGGAGGACGGAGGGAGAGAGAAGAGGACCGUGGAACCAGACACUGAGAGGGAUGAAAACUGUGCGAAGCAGCGACCAGAAGAGGGACAGCUCAAGAAGCAAGAGCAGUCUACGUCAUCGUCAUCGCCGCCGCCAGACACAGACCCGACGAACGCCGCCGUCUCCACCGUGCUCGUCCUGACGAAAGACGAAGUCUAUCCGGAGGAAGGCGAACGGGAAGAACCAGGAAUAGAAGACAGGCACCCUCAAGAGCGAGUGCAGCCUAGCGGAGAAGUCACAGCCACCGGAGACGCACCAACACCCCGAAGACCCCAGCAACAGGUGGAGGAGCGCAGCGCAGCCGAGACGUCCUGCGAGGAGAUGCCGGGCCCCCCGGAGGGCGAGGCCGAGGUGCCGCUGCAGAGGGCGCUGGACCACAUCGAGCAGCUGCAGCAGAACCUGUCCACCAGGCUCAGCCCCGGCGCCGUGCAGGCCAUCCGCGCCGAGCUGAAGGGCGCCAGCGCCGCCGCGUCGCCCUCCGGUCCGGGUUCGACGCCAGACAACGCUCGCCGGCGGGAGGCGUUUUUCCGCGACGGCCUUGCCGGGGCUUCCCCGGCCGGCGGCAGCGGCGGCGCCCCUGCCACCUGGCGGCGCAGCGCCGAACUGUCGCCGCCGCGCGCCGCGCACAACUCGCCGCCAGGUGGCAGCACUGCGGCGCCGCCGGGCGCCGGUGCUGACAGCUGGCGGCGCAGCGCGGAACUGCCCGCCACGACCGUCACCAAACGAGUAUUGUGGGUGGCCGAGACAGAGCCAGCGGCAGCAGAAACACCGAAGCCUCCGACAGCAGGUGACGGGGGAGCGGCAGACCCGUCAUCUCCGCCGAAGUCGGCCCGCGUCUUCAUCUCGCUCAGCCCCCGCUCCGUCGAGAAGCUCGUCUCCGGGCAGCGGGGUCCCAGAGCUGACACGAAGAGUGUUCCCGUGACGCGGCCCCAGCAAAACGGCAGCGCCGCCACCGACAGAGCCGGCGACACCUCGAGACCGGCAGGUGGCCGCGACAGGCCGGAUGGGGCUGCCGGCUCCCCGGCCGGACGGCGACCGGGGCCCCGGCCGGCGGUCCCCGCGGUGAAGCCCUCCGUGACUCCGAGGAAGGACGCCGUCGCACCAGGUCGCACUGCAGCGGUGUCCCGAGAAGAUCCCGUGCCACAGGGGAAGGCGUCGAGCCCUGCGGAGCUGGCAGCUGCGAGAGGAGGUUCGCCGGUGAAGGCUCCCGGUAAAGCACAGAGACCUGAACCCGGUGUGAAUCUGCCCCCCACUCCUAAGACAGAAAGCAAUACGCAGAAGCCAGAGGUACCACCGAAGUCCGUCCCCCAGCGAUCCAGCUUAGCCGAGGCCAAGCAGCAGAGUCCGGAAUCACCGCCCGGGACUGCCGACGUCUCGGCGUCGACUACUGUCGAGUCCACAGGUGACGACACGGACAUUCCGUACGCAGAUUCGGAUGACGAGGCGAGUGCCGGUGAGAUGUCGCCCGUGUACCAGCCCUCCACAGGGAAUCGGCCAGCAGGGGACGCGGACGGGGCAGCUGCAGCGGCGGCGAGGUCGGUGCCGCCGUCUGCGGGCCGCAUGUCGUGGACGCAGCAGCUGCUGGAGAAGCUGUCCGAGGAGGAGGACGCCAAGAGGAAGCGGCAGGCCGAGGCGCCCCGCAAGCCCCCCAGACUGGUGCGCUAUCCCGGGCAGAGGGAGGCGGAGGAGGCACAGCGCAGGGCGUCCGCCCCCACCAGCUACCACCCGCUGCAAACUGUGGGGGCGACAGACCCCGUGCUGGCGAGUGCCGUGCCGGGCACGGACGCGUACGCCGAGCUCAUCGACCGCCUCAUCGAGGACGGCAGCCCCGCCACACGGCACAGGCCGUACCGCCAGCAGUAUGGACCAGGGGGCAUCCCGCUGCGGAGACAGGCGUCGCUAGAGGAGGACAGCGGCAGCACGACCAGCAGCGACGGCGCAGAGACGGCGCGCCUGCGCCAGAAGUUCGAGGAGGAGCUGCGCACUGUGGCGGCGAUGCAGCAGCGCCGGCAGGCUGCCGACCCGGAGGCGGGAGACCGCGGAGCGGGUGCCGCGGCUACACCCCGGCCGCCCGUUCCCGUGCAGGACACCGCGCCACUGCAGAGGGCUGUCUCGCCCGUGCAGAGGGUCGCCUCACCAGCGCAGAGUGUCAUAUCACCGACGCAGAGGGUCCGGUCGCCGCCCCCGACUGAGAGGUCGAUGACCGCUCCGCGAGGUGAGCCAGAACGCUCUCCCACCGUCCACUGA